AAUCGGUCGCGAACGCUGGAGGGGGGCGCACCUGUGCGGCGAGCGCGCUCGACUGGAAGGCUCGGAGAUACGCCUCCGGCCGCUCUGGAAUCUGGUGACGUCACGGCGGUGCGUCUGGAAGGUCUGGACGGACGGACAGAAACGGCUCAGCCCCGGUGGGAGACGGCAGUUCGGAGUCGGCUCGCCCCCCGGACUGCGUGAGUGCGUGUGCGUGCAAAGUGUCGGCGGCAAACUGUGAGGCGUGGCUUCUCAAGCGCUCUUUGGAGCUGGACUGUUGGUUGUGAAUCACUUAGACGCCGCUGGAGGCCUGUAGCGGCUGCUUUAGUGCGUACCGGCGCUCGGUAACCUUCAGUGCGGGCUGUUGUUUUUGUCGCCGUGAUAACGGCGCUGCGCGGCACGGCCGCCGGCCUCCGGGAUGUCGCCUGUGCCAGGCCGAACCGAUGAGACGGGUCGGCAGUCUGCAGCCGCCGCCGAGGAAGCCUCGCGUGCCGAGUCGACCCCGGUCAAGGCCACGAACGGACAUGGGACCGCCGACGGACAUGGUACGAAUGGCACCGGUGCAGCGCAGAAAAACGGCGGGGCAGCUGCGGGGACUGGAGCUGAGCGCACGGCAGACCCCACGGCAGGAUCUGCAGCUGAGCCUUCGCCGGAGGCUACAGCCGAAUCGGCGCCUAAGGCUGUAGCUGAAUCAUCGCCGGAGGCUGUGUCCGACCCCACGCCCGAGUCGACGCCGAAGGCCCGUUCAGACCCCGAAGGCUCGUCUUCGCCGGCUGCCGACCGUUCCACAAAGACCGACAACGGUGACCACGGUGACCGGCGGGCUCCGACCUCGGCCGGAGCUUCUCAGAACUCUGCAGAGAACGGCGGGUCGGCCGGUGACGGUGGCUCGGCGGCGUCCCCUGUCGCGGACACUGCACCGGUCACCGGUCCGCUGACCCCGCCAGACGGCCAGAGCGGAGCCGACAAGCCCCCGCCGUCAGAUAGCGGGGGUGGAGAGGACGAACAGUCGGCGACCGGCACUCAGAAUGGGACGGAAAAGGAAGGAACUCAGGACAAUGAGAGAAUCUCUGAGGAGCGUGAUGUUCGCGGAAAAUUAGCAGAAGCUAAUGGAAAUGGAGAAAGUGUUGACGAGAGCGAGUGCUCGACUGCCGCCCAGUCGCUUGAAACCAGCACCGUCCAGCACUCGAGCGAUGCGGAUAAAGGAGAAACUCUUCCCGUGGCGUCGGCGGAGGCGGAGGGACAGACGUCAACAGAUAAUCUUAGCUCUGAUGACAAUCGCGAGCCACUUGAGGCUGCGCGUGAUCGGAGGUCGGUAUCUCCUGCGACCCCGGUGGCCACACCGCCGGUCGCCGAGGGAGCAGAUAGUGCGCCGACGUCUGCCGAGCCGCCCGCGGUGGUACAGACCAGCGCUGCGUCGCCAGCGGCCGGGAGUCAGCCCAAGUCGCCCCGCUCUCCGCCCGGCGCCGGAGCGAAACCCAAGGAGCGCAACCAGGAGCCGCAGCCGUCCGGGUCUGGAUCGUCGGCCAAGAACGGCAUGACGGAUACACGCUCCAUCUGGGUGGUGGGCUCCGAGGAGCACCUGCCCGGCGCAGUGGGCGGCGAGGAGGCCGGACCGGCCGCCUCCUGGGCCACUGUCCACAGCACUGUCCGGGCCAUCCGCGUGUUCAAACGCGGCGUCAGCAAGCGCCUGCGCCGUCCGCCGUCCCGCGACCAGCAGGCGGCGGAGCCGGCGGGUCGGCCGCCGCGGCCCAGCCGCAGCGCCGACCGCCAGCUCUCGCAGCCGGCCGAGCCGCGCCAGGAGACGCCGGCCGCCGGAGGAUUCCUGCGCUCCCUCUCGUUCCGCCGCUCCGCCUCGUGGAGGGGCCCUCUGCGCCGCGCCGACCGCCAGCCGCGCGAUCAGCCGCAGGUGGGUGCCGAAGCGCCCGCUGCUGCCGGUCCAUUCACCCCCUCGGCCGGUCCCUCGGCGGCCGGAGGGGACUUUACAGACGGCCUGGAGGCAGCCAUGCAGCACACGGACGCCGCCGUGCCGUUCCAGCCGACGGUGGACCGCGCCGCGUUCAGUGACGCGUGCGCAACGUAUGAGCCGCCUCAGAAACAUGUCGGUCCGGCCGCCGACCUGGCGGGCCGGGACAAGAAGGAAGCGCAGCUGAAGGAGGAGCUGCGGUCCAGCUACUAUCCUCUGGACCACCCCAGUCGACACCAGCUGUGGGCCAACAUCUGUCAGAUGCACGGCGCCACGCUGGGCCAGAACGAGGAAUACGAGAGCACAGUCAGACAGCUGGAGGGGGAAUUAGGUCCGGCGCGGCGCGGGCAGCACCAGAUGCCACCGUUCGUCCACUCGUUCUACAUGAACCGGUACGCGCUGUCGGAGCGCGGCGUGUGGUCUGCCGAGCGCGUGAUGGCCGUGCUCUACUACAACAACCCGACCAUCACGUACGCGCCGUCCCUCUACCCGACCUGCUGUCUGCUGCUGCACUACAUGGACGAAGCCGAUACGUACAACGCUUUGAGCAUGAUGCUGCGGAAUAAGAAACAGGGCUACAUUGUGCAAACGAAACGCGACUUCGAGAUAUCCUGGAAAAUCCUAAUCAAACUCUGCCGAAAACAUGCCAAGACCAGCGUGCACUUUCUGCAGCAGGAGGCGCGCGCCGGGGAGAACGUGGACCACGUGCUGGCCGACUGGCUCGCCUGGCUCUUCUGUUUCCUGCCGUUCGCGCACGCCGUCCGCCUCAUGGACUGCUACCUGAUGGAGGGCGAAAAGGUGUUGUAUCGGGCCGCCAUGGCUCUGGUACUUCUGGUGCACAAGAUGGCCUCCAACAACCUGGGCGAGUGGGGAAACUCCUUCAAAGAGAACACCGUGCAGGAGGUCAUGGAGAAGUUCUGCACCAACAUGCAGCUGGGUCCGGAGAAGCUGCUGAAGACCAUGUUCGGUAUCCGCGGCUUCAGUCGGGACUCCCUGACGGCCUCCUACGCCAGGGUCAAGGCGCAGAUCAAGGCGGGAGGGGGCCGGCUCAGCUUCCCCGAGAGAAGGUGUAACCGCACCUUCUCCAAGCAGCAGUCGAACGCCGGCGGACUGGGGAUGCCCAGUGUCAUGUCGCAGGACGAGCUGGCCGAGGCUUCCAGCACCAUCGGAGUCAAGGAGCGUUCGGCUAAGUUCCCCCAUCUGAAGAAGCCCGAAUCUACACUCAUGAGUUACGAGGAACUGCUGCGUCUGUGGGAGAACCUGCCGGCCCGCUACGCCCUCUACACUCCUCUGCUCAUCUACACCACCGACGAGCACGGCUUCUCGCUGAAGACGUUCUACCAGAAGGUGGCCACGUUCGAGCCGACCGUUCUGCUGCUGCGCACCACAGAGGGCGCCGUGUUCGGCGCCUACUGCUCCGUCACAUGGAACAUGCGCAAUGAGACGCAGGAGGACGGCACCCGGCAGCGCUACUUCGGCACCGGUGAGACGUUCCUGUUCACGCUGCGGCCCCAGCUGAAGGUGUACCCGUGGGUGGGUAAGGUGCGGCAGGCAGAGGACCCCGAGCUGGCCGGUCUCUCUCACUCCGAACAACUCUUCAUGGCUGCCGACAACACCAUGGUAACGAUCGGCGGCGGCGGCGGACAGGCCAUCUGGCUCGACGAGAAUCUAACCCGCGGCAAGACGGACGCGUGCCAGACGUUCGCCAACCCGCCGCUGACACCGACUGGUAGUUUUGAGGUGGCCUGCAUGGAGGCUUUCGCCUUCUCUCCGGCCUGAGCGGGGAUUGUCUCUGAGGUACGGGCCAAGACGGGGACGAGAGGGCCCUCCGCUUGGCAUGGAGCAGCCAGGUGUGGCAGGGGAGAGAUACGAGAAGUCAGGGUGAGAGGGUAGAGCUGUCGUGUGUUCCGAGCCCGGUGAGAUCCCUUAGCGUUGCGCAUCCCGACUCGGGAAAGCGCAUACUGGUCUUGGUGCCCUUGUGUUUUUCUUUGGGUAGUUUGAGUGAUUCGGUUGUCAGGAUUUAGCCUGAAUCGGCGGCUGGGAGACACUGCAUGAGCACGUGGCUGGGAGGAGAGGGAAUAAGCGUUAUGUUAGAUGUUUAUUAAGAAUUGGAAAUCGUGACUGUGAAUAAUCACAAUCGAAUUUACAAACCUAGAUUAGACUGUAGACAUUUACGCGCUAGAUAUGAAUGAUGCGUUGUGUAGUUUUAGCGUUGUGACUUGGUCUGUAUUGCCUUGAGUAUUUAUAUCUUUAUAUUAGGAUGUGUUUUGUGUCCGAAAGUACAUUCCAGGCAUUAUCGUAGGCUGGGACAUCAACAAUGUGUAAUGUGUAGGUUAUCCGCCGCCCAAAAGGCAUGAACCUGAAAAUUUUCCAAAUAAGUGUCGCGAUAGUUUGUCAUAGCUGAGAUAUUUACUGGAUGGGACGAAAUCGUCACUAUUUGCCCCUGAUUACUGGGGUGUCGCUGAAAUAUAAGCACGUGGCGGCGGAGGGCGGUCAGGGCUCGUCGCCGUAUUGUGAUCGUGCGUCCGGGAAAGACUACACCUUCUCUGUAGCACCAGUGUCCUUCCGGCCACAGCUGAGCCGCGAACCGACGUCGAGCAAUAACCUCUGUGGCUGGAGACGAGUGCAGUCGGAAAGCGAGCGCGUCCCUGUCUUCCUGGGACCGAUGUCUAACGCCCUCCCUGCGGCCCGUGAACGUCCUUAAAACCGCCUGUGUGUAGUGCCAUCAGUUUGUGUCUGUGUGUGUUUUUUGCCGUGAGUUGUCCUUCAUUGUCUGUAUUUGCUUGUCCACCUGACGUAAUAUUGUAAUUGUCGCUUCUCGGUCGAUGUCGGUAGUGUUUGUCCACAGUACCUAACCGUAGUGCAGGGUGUGACCGAUGGGGCGGACGACUGUAAUCAGACCGCUCUGGAUAUUAUAUCGCGGCGGGGCGGGCGGCGGCGACUGUGCGUACGGUGUCUGGGUGUGCCCAGACCGGCAGCUAGUGACCUACCCCGGUGGCUGUGAGUCGGAAUGGGAGAGCUGCCGACCGGCUCGGCGCCGCAGUGCAGCCCUCGGGCUUUUGCCGCUUUUUUGACGUGGCCCUGAUCCGAUCUCAUAAGCCGUGUUUUGUUGCGCUGACCUCUGUGGCUCUAGCCGCGUCGCUCUGUCGCCUUCGGGCGGCCCCGACGGCACGGUUCCACCCGCUAUUGGCACGCGGGGCGGGGCGAACUUGUUGUGUUCAGUUGACCUUAUUGACCGGUGACCAUAAACUUCAAAACACCGCCACCAUGCUGGAACUGACGCAACUCAUCACACAGCCCACACGAAUAUCGGAAAACAGGAGUAACCUACGAGACCUGAUUUUCACAAAUAACACACAAAUAGUAGAAGACAGUGGAACAUUGUCCCCAUUCACAAACAUUGACCACUUCCCCAUCUAUGUUUCUAUUAAAACGUCAAAUACACUGUAUACAAACAAAGACACUGGCGUGACCAUGUGGGACUACUCAAGACUCGACUCAGAUCUACUAACAAGACUGUUGCAGAACACAGACUGGGAGGACAUUUUAAAUGACGACAUUGACAAAGCGACCGAUAGAUUCAUAGCCACCCUUCUCUCUGCAGCAAAAGCGUCCAUUCCACUAAAAACGAUCCGACAUAGACCUGACCAGAAACCUUGGAUGACCACAACAUUGAAUAGAAAUAUAAGGAAACGCGACAGACUCUUCAAACAAGCACGAAAAUUACAGACAGAAAGCGCUUGGGAACGCUGGAAACAUCAAAGGAAUUUUGUUACAUCUCUGAACAGGCAAAUUAAGAAGCAGUACAUAGAACGUAAAGUGACAAUGCUUAUAUCCCAAAGACGUGACCCUCGGAAGUACCACCAGACGUUACGAACCAUAACAGGCCGGACACGUAAUGACAACAUCCCACCUCUUGAAAGGCCAGACGGAGAAAUAAUUACUGACGACUACGCGAAAGCAACACUUUUAAACAACUAUUUUUCAGACCAGGCCAAACUCGACAUAGACACAGAGUUGCCCAUACCAAGAGAUGAGCCAGAAAUAAUGCCGGUGCCCACUCUAGGAGAAAUAAAAACAUCCGAAAGAGAAGUCCUACAGUUCCUAAAUUCAUUAGAUGUAAACAAAGCAACCGGACCUGACGAAAUACCUGCAAAACUUUUAAAACUAACAGCCGUACUAAUCGCAGAACCAUUGUCAAAACUGUACAAUAAAUCACUUGCACUUGGUAUUUAUCCCUCUAAAUUCAAAGAAGCAAACGUAAAACCUAUAUUCAAAAACAAAGGCUCUCCAUCUGAAGUCAGCAACUAUCGGCCCAUUAGUCUCUUGUCAUCUUUAUCUAAGGUUUUCGAAAAAAUAGUACACAAACACAUCUACGACCAUCUUUCCCAAAACAACCUUCUAACAGACAAACAGAGUGGGUAUCGGAGAGGCCACAGUGCCGAACAACAGUUGCUUUAUUUCACUCAUAACUUGUACCAAUCAUUAGACUCAGAACACGACUUCACAGCAAUCUACCUCGAUAUAUCAAAAUACUUCGACAAAAUUUGGCAUACAGGACUCCUAUACAAAUGCAGACAUGACUUUGGAAUCACUGAAUCUCUUCAUGACUGGCUUAAAUCAUACUUAUCAGACAGACGGCAACGAGUAAAGAUUGACGACACUUUUUCAGCAACCGAAAUUAUAAACGCUGGCUGUCCGCAAGGAUCCGUCCUUGGACCACUUUUAGCCCUUAUAUAUCUUGACGGACUUUCGACGAAGACACAUAACGACAUUCUCUUCUUUGCUGACGACGUCUCUAUUUACACAUCCUACUCAACAGCAGACACUAUCAAAGCACAGGCAUCAUUACAAAAGGACCUUGAUGCAAUAUACAAAUAUGGACAGGACUGGGCAAUAACUUUCAACACAAACAAGACAAAACAACAAACAUUUUCACUAAAACAAAAAUACACUUCGCCAACCCUAACAUUUGGAAACGAUAGGAUACCACAAUGUGACAAUCAUACACAUCUCGGAAUGACAUUUUCAAAAGACUUGCGCUUCCAUCAGCAUGUAAAUGAAAUUUGCAAAAAAGUACAGAGAACAUUGAGUCCACUCUACCCUAUUGCACCAUACAUUCCCAGAGACAUUCUUGACGACGUUUAUAAAACAUAUGUGAGACCUCACUUUGACUUAUACGAUACCAUAUAUGACGGACACUUGACAGCACAGGACGCAUAUAGACUAGAGACACUUCAAAACAGAGCGGGAAGACUAGUUACCGGUACACUAUAUAGAACACCAACAGAUAAAUUAUUAUAUGACCUGGGGUGGAACAGACUCACUAUUCGAAGGAAAAUACACAAACUAUCGUUGUACCAUGCAUUCACACAUAGCCAACAUACACCUGCAUAUAUCAAGUUAAUCAUACCGGCCACUCGCAUCCAACAAACUGGCAGAACGCUAAGAAACGCGAGUAACCACACGAUCACAGCAAACCGUACCACAUCCUAUCAAUCCUCAUACUUCCUUUCAACCGGCAAACUAUGGAACGGGCUCCCAGAAUCAAUUAGGUCAUUACCCCAUACAUCCUUUAAGCGAGCGAUUACCGAGCGGCUGGGAGUAUCCAAGCCUCCAAAUUAUUACAAAAUUGGAUCCAAGGAAGGAAAUGCCCUUCACACCAGAUUAAGAACAGAAAUGUCAUUAUUAAAUUCACAUCAGUUCCAGAUAAACAAGUGUUCGACCACUGCUUGUUCAUGUGGUUACCCGACGGAAAACGUUCGUCAUUUCACAUUAUUUUGCCAAAAAUAUGAACACCAAAGAAAUCAACUCUUUCGAGACGUUUUGCAUAUUCUCGGCGAUGUCACUAACAACCAACCACUCGAUUCCAACCUGACACUUCGGUUGCUCAUUCAUGGAGAAACUCUUGGCGACGGGGAUGGGCGGCGGGUGGCACACCACUUCCAAAGAUUCUUGAUUAACUCAAAUAGAUUUAGUCAACAAUAACACUUUCUUUAAAAUCAACCUUAGUUUUUCAUUGAUUUUCAAAUCUGUGACCUUGGUGCUGUCCCCGCGGGCCGGCGCGCGGUCUGCAUUCAUCCCAACCGCUCAUCGGUGACCGGGUUGGCGGCGGCGGUGUGAUUAGCAGCAAUUAAUUUCAUUUCCUUUACAGAGAGGUGCCUAGAAUUAAGCGCUUGGCGCUUUUGCACCAAUCUGCUAUUAUUUUUUCGAAACGCCUUGUAUAACUAUUAGUUUUCUACUUACGUUUCUCUUUUUGGUAAUACGUGUUGAUUAAUAAACAUUCUGUGUGUGUGUGUGUGUGUGUGACCUGUGUGCACACGCAGACUGCAUGAGCUGACCGCUCGUCCUGGUAGCUGUCUGGAAGUUCUGGUGUCAGCCGGGACCCACUAUUCCCAACAAUACAUGCCAAUGUGUGCUUAGCUGUGGACAUGGCCCGUCUUACAUGGUAGUUUUCUGACCGGGAGGGGCAAUCGCCUCAGGCGACGACUCCGGCCGCCGUGUGGUAACAACCGUUACCUGUUACCCUGGGAGACCCCGAUGGCGCUGCACUCUCCCGGUUGUCUAUCCCCGAGUCACUAGGGCAACACCGCUGUGCAAAGUUUCAGUUUGUCCACUCUGUUGAUUGUGAGGAUAGGCGAGUGUCCGCGAUACGGUGUGUGUUUGGGACCCGGAUAGGACGAUGAAAUAGUGGACCCGCGUGGACAAUAACCCUGAUCGAGUAAUGGCUUUUGUUGCGCGA